UUAUCUUGACAAACGAAUCGCGACUGACGCAUCAGUUUCGUUCCUCCUGUAAACAACAAACAACCGACACUCCGACUAAGGUUAUUAUGCCUCAACUAAUAACCUAUGAUCACGUUAAUGCUGAAACACACCAGCCUCUGAUCUGAGAUCAUCUUCACUUAAAGAGGUGUAAUCCAGAAUGCUGGAGACCGUGACUGAAUCGAGAAGGUUGGUCCAUUAUGGCAACACCAGUGUGUUUCCCACUGUGGAGAACAGCUCUCAGUUCAACCCUGACCAUGAGAUCAACAUCACCAAACCACACAAGUGUCUGCAGAUCCUGUACGACGACAUCGGAGAGUCCAGGGUUCGUUACUGGGAUCUGAUGCUGCUCAUCCCGAACGUGGCGUUCCUGGUGUUCCUGGUGUGGAAACUUCCUUCUGCUCGCGCUAAGAUCCGCCUGACCUCCAGCCCCAUAUUCGUGGCGUUUUACAUACUGGUGUUUGUGGUGGCGGCUGUAGGAAUCACACGUGCAAUAGUCUCCAUGACCGUCAGCGCAUCCAUCGCCGCCACACUCAUAGACAAGGUGCUUUGGGAAAUCACAAGGUUCUUUUUAUUGGCUACUGAGCUCAGCGUCAUCAUCCUCGGAUUGGCUUUUGGCCAUCUGGAGAGUAAGUCCAGCAUCAAGCGUGUGUUGGCCAUCACUGCGGUCCUGUCUCUGGCGUACUCCAUCACACAGGGGACUCUGGAGAUUCGUUUCCCAGACAAACAUCUCUCCGCCAAAGACUUCAACAUCUACGGCCACGGCGGGCGGCACUUCUGGUUGGCCAGCUCCUGUUUCUUCUUCCUGGUGUAUUCCUUAAUAGUCAUUCUACCUAAAACUCCAAUCAGAGAGAGAAUCUCAUUACCAUCUAAGAGGGGUUUUUACGUGUACGCUGCGAUCCUGUCCGUGUUGAAUCUGGUCCAGGGUUUGGGAAGCGCGCUGCUCUGCGCUGACAUCAUCGAAGGCCUGUGCUGUGUGGACGCGACCACAUUCCUGUACUUUUCCGUCUUUGCUCCUCUGAUCUACGUGACGUUCCUCAAAGGAUUCUUCGGUUCCGAGCCCAAAAUCCUCUUCUCGUACAAGUCCCAGAUCGACGAGCCGGAGGACUCAGACGUGCACCUGCCCAACACCUCGUCCUCGGGCCUGAGCCGCAGAGACCUGGACCACGGCUCGUACUCCAGCACGCAGAUCGACGGCUCCGGCGCGUACCUGGACGACGUGGUGUCGGGCCCGUUCGGGGGAGCGCACAGCAUCAACAGCAUCGACAGCGACCGCUGGAGAGCCCUGAACGCAUGACCUCUGACCUCCGGGACAUUUGACCUGCUGCGUCAGUGCUGUUAUUUAAACAUAUGUAUUCCAUGAAUCCAACAUUCCUUGUGUAACAACAGUGCUCUUAAUUUUACAUCUGUGUACUCAAAGCGAGUUUAUUGGACUUUGUGAAGUGCAUAACCUAAUAUAUUUCUUCAGAAAUGCUUUAUGAUCUUAUCUCUAGGUGAGUUCAGACUGGAUUAGCUAGAUGUGCUACUGAUGCCAACAAAGCAUCUGCUCAGUUUUUGAUGUUUCUUUUCUACCAUUAGGGUUGUUUUGCACUGAAAGUCAUUCAUUUUGGUGCAUGUUGUAAUUUAAAGGCCUAAAAUCUACCUUGACUUUGUUCAUAUGCUUUAUAUGCUGGGCGUUCAUCUGUUUCUCAGUGCUAUAUCAUAGUGUUUUCUUUUGAUUUUUAUUUAUUUUAGUGAUAUGUUGAAUUUCGUUUUAGCCUGUCAUUAGAUUUGGCCUCAGUUCUUAAGUUAAAGCUUAAAUUGUGAGCUUGACCUUUGACCUUCUGUCUAACUGAUAGUGAAAAUUGAACUGGCUCGAGUCUGAUUUAUUAUAACAUCAUUCCAUGUGGGAGAAAAACUUGACAAAAAAGGACCGUACUGAGAAAGCAUUUGACCCGCUUUAUUUUAUUUGAUAAAAGUACUGCAACGUAACUAUUUCUUGGUGCACAAAAAAACAAAAACAAAAA